UAUAGAGGGCGCUGAACUCAUGCAUUACCAAUUGUAUAUAAGAGCAUCACCAUCGGCAUAAAGAUCAGUCAGCGUCCAGUGCCUGCCUCGUGUCAGUUCUUGUUCUGCGGCCUUCCGGCCGCGUUCGCCGGUCUACACCACAUUGGCGCAGUCGACAAAAGCACAACCUCGGCAGCAGUCAAGAUGACAGCCGUUCUUCGCAACUAGUACGCGAGGGGCGUUACCCAUUAACGCAAAGAUGAAUACGCUCGGGCUGCCAUCGUUAGCCCCGUUUUUGGAGGCGCCGGGAGACCCGGCAGUGCCAUGGCGGCAAUGGCGAGAGGACUUCGAGAUCUUUCUGCAGGCGACGGAAAUGGACGCGAAACCGCCAGCACAACGAAAGGCGAUACUUCUACAGUGUUUGGGGGUGGAAGGUCGAAGAGUGUUUCGCACGUUGGUUCCAGAGCCUGCGGCUGCACCUGCACCACCGAUAACUGCUGCUGCAACCGGAAGUGCGCCGGAGAAGACCACAUCAAAAAGGGGUGAGCCGGACGACUACACCGAUGCACUUCGGUUGUUGGAACGACAUUUCACGAACACUCUGAAUGUGCUUGUCGAACGACGGCGAUUCAUGUUGCGACGACAGCGUCAGGAGGAACCGAUACGCGCGUACGUCAGUGCCCUGCGACAGCUCGCGAGUACUUGCGACUUCGGGGACUUUCUUGAGGCAGCGCUGCGGGAUAAAGUCGUCGACGGAGUACGGAGCGUGGAGCUAAGACAGAAGCUGCUCAUGAAAGGUUCACAGCUCACGUUGGGCCAGGCCAUGGACAUCCUACAGACGUUCGAGCAGGCAGCGGAAGGUGCCCGUGUCUACGAGGAGGGGCGUGACGCUGCCAUGGUUCAGCAAGUCGAGAGGGCAAGAAAUCGUUCAGGAACAGGAGUCAGCGGUUCUUCAACAGUUCCGGACCGCAGGUGUUACAGAUGCGGUGCUUCAGGACACCUAGCCAGUGCACGGGAAUGCAGAGCGCGAGAUAAGCGGUGUUCGAGGUGUCACAAGGUGGGACAUUUUCAAGCGGUAUGUAGAAGUACCGGGCAAGCGCGGGUGCAAGCGGUUCAGGACACGGACGGAAACGAAGAGUUGGGUGUCCUAACAGUCACACAGAACGAGCGAACCACUCUGAUAGUCGACGUUUGCGUCGAGGGCGAAGUGAUUCAGCUUGUCGUGGACACAGGCUCGUCAGUGUCUAUCUUGCCAGCAAACAUCUAUCAAGAAAAAUUUGCAAGACGGUUCGCCUUGGCUCCAGCAACGGUGACUCUGCGGGACUUUUCACAGCAAAGAAUUCCAGUCUUGGGAUGUUUUGUGGCUCAAGCGGCACGUGGAGGCGUGUCGUCAAACAUUCGCUUCUAUGUGGUGUCAAGGGGCAUGGCGUUGCUGGGACUGGAUGCGGUGCAACAACUACGACUGCAUAUCGACGGCGCAUCGCUGGCGUGCCUACAGACAACGGCGGGGCCACAACCUCUGCCUCCUGAACUUAAAGUGGUGGAGCCACUGCGGCGCUUUCUUCGCAAGGGCCAGGAGUUCAUCUGGGACCAGAACGCUGAGGAAAGCUUCGGCAAGGCUAAGAACCUACUAGCGUCGUGCAGCGCAGUAUCCAUGUUUGACCGGUCCUUACCUGUACAGGUAACAACUGAUGCAUCGGCAUAUGGGCUGGGAGCGGUACUGCAACAGGUGAUCGACGGUGAGACGCGUACGAUAGCAUUUGCAUCAAGGACGUUGACGCCACAGGAACGCAAAUACUCUACGGGAGAACGAGAAGCCCUGGCAUGUCUGUGGGCUUGCGAGCACUGGCAUGUGUACUUGUGGGGCAGAAAUUUUGUGCUGCGAACGGACCACCAGGCAUUGGUAACAUUGCUCUCUACUAAUGGCACCGGAAGGCGGCCACUUCGGAUAGAGCGGUGGUGUGCAAGGCUGAUGAGGUACAAUUUUACUGUACAAUACACGAAAGGAGAAGAUAAUGUAGUCGCUGACGCACUCUCCCGGUUGCCCUUGCUGUCCACAGAGUGCGACCCAGUAGAGGAGGUCAUUGCUGUGGUGUCAAGCGUGGUAACAAAGAACCAAUUGCAAGUGGAGACAGAGAAGGAUGGCGUGUUACGGGAGGUGAUGCAGUAUGUCACAUCUAGGUGGCCAGAAAAGAAAUGUCUGUCAGGAAAGCUACUAUCAUUUUGGCGGAUUCAAGAAGAGCUUUCUGUUCUGGAGGGGGUGCUGUUUCGUGCAGAGCGGGUGGUGCCUCCAUCGACAUUGGUGUCCAGAUUCAUCAUGAUGGCCCACGAAUCGCAUCCGGGCAUCGUCAGGACAAAGCAGCGACUCCGGGAGCAGUAUUGGUGGCCUGGGAUGGACGAAGACGUGGAAAACUGCAUUAGAAGCUGCGCUGUGUGCAAGGCAUCAGACAAGUCUGCAAAGACCGCGGUGGCCCCUCUACAACCAGUGCAAUGGCCCGAAAAGCCCUGGGAAAAGCUGGGCAUGGAUAUUGUGGGCCCGAUGGAACGAGCCCCUCCAGAGUGCAGAUUUGCAGUAACUGUGAUUGAUUAUCACAGUAAGUGGCCGGAGGUUUUUUUUGUGUCGUCGAUAACUUCUCAGUCGGUGACGAAAGUGUUACUGGAGCUAUUCGCGAGGGAAGGAUACCCAAAGAGUGUUGUCACUGACAAUGGCAGACAAUUUAUGUCGACACAGUUUGAAGGGUUCCUACAAGACAGAGGAAUUGAACACUGUGUGGCCUCGCUGUACUACCCGCAGUGCAACGGUCAAAUAGAACGAUUUAACCGCGUCUUAAAAGAGUAUAUUCAGGUGGCGGCACUGGAGCGCAGACCACUUAAGGAGGCAAUUCUGGAAUACCUGAGUAUUUACAGGGCAACUCCCCAUGCGACCACCGGCAUGUCUCCGGCGUUUUUGCUACACGGAAGGCGGCCACGAACAAGACUGGACGUCGUGGGACUACCGGAGAGAGGGUUUUUCGAUGAACCGCGGCCUCACGUCGCCGAACUGCAACGCCGUGUCAAAGAGCGACAGCAGAGGACAAAGAAUUACACCGAUGAAAGACGGGGUGCCAGGCACUCCAUCAUUGAACCCGGCGACUUCGUAAAAAUAAAGAGGUGGGGAGGACCAAAAGGACAGCAGAGGUUUUCUUUGCCAAUAGAAGUAAAAAAACGCGUGGGAAAAAAAUUCCUUCCUUUUAGACAAUGGGAAGAAAUGGAACGCUGCCAAAUUGACAGUAGUGGCCAAAGGAGGAGCACCAGGUGCCCGGAACUUGGUAGAAAAAGUUAUGGAACGACGUGGAGCGGUAAGAGACCAGUUAGGCGACCUGGAUUUGCCCACUGAAGAGGGGGCAUCACAACUACCAUCACCACGGGACGUCGCAACUGCCAGAACCCCAGAGACAUUAUCGCCAGGCGACGACAGCGCUACCGUCGCUACGCACGGAGUGGGAGCUGCACGGGGUGCUGAGACACUUCCAGACUCUACACUUCAGGAGACUGAAAUCUGGUCGACACCAGCAGAGUCGGCGCCGGCACCAGAGCAAGUCGAAGCGCAGGACAUCUCCGGCCAACAGGAGUUGUUGACCACGGCACCGUCGUACAGCAGGCCUCAGCGACAAAGAAGAAUGCCCGGAAAAUACAACGAUUAUGUUUUACACUAGAAUGAUCUGUUAUAGUGGUUCCAGAGCUAUGUGAAUAACUGUAAUUAUUGUGUUCUAGUUACUGGGGUUUUGUUUGUUUAAAGGGGGGAAAUAUGUUGUGUAUAGAGGGCGCUGAACUCAUGCAUUACCAAUUGUAUAUAAGAGCAUCACCAUCGGCAUAAAGAUCAGUCAGCGUCCAGUGCCUGCCUCGUGUCAGUUCUUGUUCUGCGGCCUUCCGGCCGCGUUCGCCGG